AUGCCACCUAGAUGUUAUAAUUCUUCUUUGAAGGCAUCCAAUUCUAAUUCUCUUUCAAAAAAAAGACACACUGAAGUACAUAAAUGUUAUAUUGAAAAUCAUAUUUAUAAUAAUAGAAUUAUAUCUUCUUUUUCUGUGAAAGUUGAUAAAUCUGCUACUAUAUGGUAUUUUGGAACAGUUCCUGGUCUUAUCAAGGAUACCAUCAUAGGGAAGAUCAUCUUUGAGAGUACUAUUCAAUGUACACAAGUAGCUGACUGGGUAAAUACUAUAAUGGCAGAUGCUAAUCAAGACCAAUUCUUUAGAAACGGUGAGGUGUUAGUUGGUGAUCAUAAAAGAGAUAAGACACCUAAAUUAGCAUAA